AUGGCCAACCUCCCCCCCGUCUACAUCGUUUCUGCCGCCAGAACCCCCGUUGGCUCCUUCUUGGGUUCUUUGUCUAGCCUGAGCGCCACUCAACUGGGUGCUCACGCCAUCAAGGCUGCUGUCGAGCGAGUCCCCCAGAUCAAGCCUGAGGAUGUCGAGGAAGUCUUCUACGGCAAUGUCCUGUCCGCCAACCUCGGUCAGGCUCCCGCCCGCCAAUGCGCUCUCGGAGCUGGCCUCUCGCAGGGCGUCGCCGCCACGACCGUCAACAAGGUCUGCGCCUCAGGAAUGAAAGCUAUUAUCCUCGGUGCCCAGACUAUCCUCACCGGUAACGCCGACAUUGUUGUCGCCGGUGGCACCGAGUCCAUGACCAACACCCCUCACUACCUUCCCGUCCUCCGCAACGGCGCCAAGUACGGCGACCAGACCCUCGUCGAUGGUGUCCUGAAGGACGGUCUCACCGACGCCUACGGCAAGAAGGAGCAUAUGGGCAUGGCCGCUGAGCUCUGCGCCAAGGAGCAUGACUUCACCCGUGAGCAGCAGGACGAGUACGCCAUUAAGACCUACCAGAAGGCCCAGGCCGCCACCGAGGCCGGCGUCUUCUCCAAGGAAAUUGCUCCCAUCGAGGUUUCCGGCGGCCGUGGCAAGCCCGCUAUCAAGGUCGACCGCGAUGACGAGGUCAAGAACCUCAACGUCGACAAGCUCAAGGCCAUGCGCCCGGCCUUCAUCCCCAACGGCGGCACUGUCACCGCCCCCAACGCGGCCCCUCUCAACGACGGCGCCGCCGCCGUGGUCCUCAUGUCUGAGGCCAAGGUCAAGGAGCUCGGCGUUACCCCGAUCGCCAAGAUCCGCGGCUGGGCCGACGCCGCCCGCGAGCCCGAGCGCUUCACCAUCGCCCCCGCGCUGGCCAUCCCCAAGGCCAUCAAGCACGCCGGCCUCACCGAGAAGGAUGUUGACUUUUACGAGAUCAAUGAGGCAUUCUCCGUCGUCGCCCUCGCCAACAUUAAGCUCUUGAACCUCGACCCUGAGACCGUCAACGUCUUUGGCGGCUCCGUCGCCAUCGGACACCCCCUCGGUUGCUCCGGCGCUCGCAUCGUCACCACCCUUUCAACCGUCCUCCGGGAGAAGAAGGCCAAGAUUGGGGUUGCCGGUAUUUGCAACGGCGGCGGCGGUGCCUCCGCCAUUGUCAUUGAGAACCUGCAAUAG